UGUAGAGCUUACUCUACUAAAGCAAGACAAUACUACAAAUAUGACAGAGAAUCGUCAGCCAGAGAAGUCAUUUUGGGACAUAAACCAGUACCGAAAGACCAUCAAACGAAUUGAAAACGGUCACAAAUCAUGUGAUGACUUCGUUGCCAUGAUUCAAGAACGAGCCGAUCUAGAAAUGCGUUACACUAAGAGUCUCAGACGAUGGGCGGAAAAGUGGGAGGAGGCAGUCACCAAAGGGCCGGAAUAUGGUACAACUUUGUUGGCAUGGAAACACACUUUACAAGAAGCCGUACAGAUAGCAAAAGUACACGAGGAAUGUCGGUGCGUGUUAACCGCGCCUGACGGCCCGUUGCAAAAUGUGCAAAGGUGGAAGAAGGAAAAUUAUCAUAAAUUAACAUUUGGUGGUUACCAGGAGAUACGCGAUGCAGAAGAAGGGUUUGCCGUUGCACAGAAGGACUAUUCAAAACAGCUGAAUAAAACGAAAAAAGUAAAAAAGAAUUACCACAGUGCAUGCAGUGCUUCCUUUAAAGCCGACGAAGAACUCGCUAGUCAGACACACAGUACUACGAUCCAUCCAGACAAUCUCAAAAAAUUGCAACAACGAGCCGAGAAGAUGUUGAACGUCAAGGAAAAAUAUAGAGAACUUUACCUUCGUCGACUACUGGAAUGUCACGGAGAACUCAAACAGAGAUAUAUAGAAGAUAUGACAGAACAGUUCGAAAAGUGUCAAUCCUUCGAAAAGAAGAGAUUGGACCAUUUAAAGGAGCAGUUAUUGUUAUUUUUGAAGUCAGUUGAUUUGUCGGAGGUUUCCGGUUUCGCGAAUAUUUACAAUCAAACGUUCAGAGACGUAGAAAAGGCGGAUGCUAUAACUGACCUUUCUGAAUGGAGGGUGAAAUACGGUACCGGAAUGACUCAGAAUUGGCCUGUAUUUGAGGACUUCGAUGCCAACACAGACGCCAGGCGGUUUAGUGUCGCCCCUCGGAAGAAUUGCACAGCUGAUGAUGGCAAUGAUAACGGGGACGAUUUCGAUUCCGAUGAUUUUGAAAAUGAAGAAGAUGAGGGCGAUAUCAUGGCGGAUGAUGAUGUGACUGCUACUACUAGUUAUGCGAACGACCAUCCAUACGAUACCACGGAUUCUCACUCAUUGUACGACAACGUUACCCCUAGAAGCAACAUUGCGGAAGAACAGACAGAGACGACUCCGUACGACGAGACACAACCCACGCCCUCUACGACAGAAAACAAAGAAUACACUGAAUUGUCUGUACGAGCCCUGUAUGACUUUGAGCCUGCGUCAGGGGAUGAACUCCAGCUACAAGCAGGUGAUAUUUUCAGCCAGAUUGGUGCUGCACACGAGGACGGGUGGGCAUACGGCAGACUGAGAGACGCAUUUGGACUAUUUCCAGCAAGCUAUUAUGGCACAAUGUCAUCAGCAUGGCAAGGUCUGACAGAAGCUGAAAGAAAAUUUGACCUUCAUAUUGAAAUUAGAGACAAACUCGUGACAGAUGUUUUACAAAAAGUUAAGCAGUGGCAAAAAGAAAAUUAUCACAAGAAAAUGAUUAGUUUUAAGGAAACCAUUGAAGCUGAAGAUGGCUUUAAAAAGGCUCAAAAGCCAUGGGCUAAGUUAUUAUCUAAAGUCAAUAGUUCACGGAAAGCUUACCAUAGCUCAUGUAAAUUGGAAAAAUCAGCCAUCAAUCAAGAAAAUAAUGCCAAAGAGGAUCCAGGACUCUCUCCAGAUCAGAUAAAGAAGUUGCAUGACAAAGUUGAGAAAGCAAAACAAGAUAAAGUCAAAACAAAAGAAAAAUAUGAGAGAGCUCUCCAUGAAAUAAACCAGUACAACCCCCGCUACAUGGAAGACAUGUCAUUGCAGUUCGAUAAGAUGCAGAAUUUUGAGGCAACUAGGUUAAAAUUUUUUAAAGAGAUAUUGUCUGACAUCCAUAAAUGUCUAGAUCUUUCAUCUCAUGCCAAUUUCUCUCGGGUAUUUUCCAAUUUUAUUCAAACUGUGCAAAAUGCUGAUGCUGAAAAAGAUCUAAGAUGGUGGAAGAAUACCCAUGGAACAGGAAUGUCUAUGAAUUGGCCAGCAUUUGAGGAAUACUCUGAAGAACUGCAUUCUAUCAGCAGUAAAAGAAAGAAUAGGGGUAACGUAGGUGGUGGAGAAGGUGUAAUGUUGACCAGUGCGUCCUACAACCCAAGCGGCUCACAGGUGUCAAAUAGCAGUGUUGGCAAGGAAGAUUCAGGAAUACACCCAGGAGAAAAUCAUGAUGUAGAGGAGCCUGAAGGAAUCCAUUUCAAGAUGACUGGGACCAAGACGAGACUGGUGUACCGGUUAGAGCCAUUUAUGACUAUGAUGGUGCCGAAGCUGACGAACUGUCUUUCAAAGCUGGGGAUGUGUUCACCAAGCUAGAAGACGAGGAUGAACAAGGCUGGUGUAAGGGAAGGAUAGGCAACAAUGUAGGACUGUAUCCAGCCAAUUAUGUACAGAAUAUAUAACGAGAAUUAUAUCCUUGUUGAUAUACCACAGUGAAAAUCUACUGCAACUAUUCUAUUUUUGUUUGUAUACCUUAUAUAGUCAUUAUUUACCAUAACUGUAUAUGCAUUGUUUUUAUUAUAAUUAUUUGCAUCAUUUGCAUGAUGGUUCCAUACUCGAUGAAGCCAUUAUAUUUGGUAUACUGUAUCUGUAUCAUAUACAGUAAUUAUUACAAUAUUUGUCCAAUUCAGUCAUUGGCUGGUUAAUACAGUUUAUGAUUUAUUAACUGUUAUUUACUAGCUUAUCUUCAUAUGAGCAGGACUGUAUUUGUUGAACUAAAUUUCUUGGCAUACAUGCAUGUAUAAACAGUUGGUGUAGUAUAAGGGUACAUAAUAAUUUCUUGAUAAUACAAUUUUCGUGAUACAAAUUGUACAUACCAAAUACAUUCUUGAUGAAUAAACUACACAAUGACCUUAAUGAUUUAUACUUACACAGAUUGCCUAAAUAUCUCAAAAGUUCAAAUUAGCAAACUAGUACAAGUAAGCACAGGAAUACGUGGCUCAACAUGGCCGCACAUUUUGUUGUACCCACAUAAACAAACUAUGACAUCAUUGUAUGCUGCUUCUUGAUAAUUCUUUAUUGCACAAAACAAAGAAAUCACACAAUCUUAGUUAGUCAAAGUCUUAGUUGUAAGAGGGCAGAAAAUGUUUCAGCCGUUGUCGUUUUGCGCUCAAUACAAUCAAUGAUGAUUGUUGAAAGUUGUUCAGUAAUGUUACUUUAUUGACAAAUAGUUGAUGUUGUAUCAUACUUGUGUCCCAUUAAAAAAUUAUUUGGCAUGAACUGAUUUUAUCGCUAUGAUUGUAUUUUCAAGAUAAUACUAGACACCUCUAUUCUACACCAAUGCCUGAAUUAAUAAAUUCCUAACAUUAUUAGGCUAGUUAGGUUCUGACAAUUGUGAAUGAAGAUUUGGUCAGUAUCAUGAAUACAGCUUUAAUUAGCAUACCGAUAGUGACAUUAUUGUGAUAAAAAACAAUUGUUCAUUAAUAUGAUCAUGUGUUUGUACAUUAUUAAAAGUCCUACUGAUAUUUGAUCACAUCUAUCUUGAACUUUUUAUGUUUUUCAUUUUUAUGUUUUCCUCUCAAAGAUGCCACUAGAAAAACCAUGGUUACUUGUAUACCAUUUGUGUCUAUGUCUUAAUCAUCAUGUGACUAAUGAUUUGUCUUUAUAUACAUGUAAUCUUACUCAUUUGUCAUUAACCUGAACUAAAACCCAUUGUGCCUGCCUUAAUACUAAUACCUAAUGCUCUGUAAACAUGCUUUUUAGUUGAAAAUGAUUAUGAAAACAUAAGUUCUAUUAAAUUGGACAACAUGUUAUCAAAUUGAAAGUUAUUAAAGUUAAUUCAAAUUGCAGUACUUACCAAAAAUUGCCAUAGAGCUAGGGUGUACUUUAAUUUUCCUCAUUGUUUUCCCGAUCACCUAAACAACAAUGCUCAUCAUCUGUGA